GAAACAUUCCAGUCAAGAGCGAGAAAGGAGCUUGUGGAGUCUCUUUCUGUCAAAGACCUUUCUUCCAAGGUUGCAGCUGAAGAUGUCAUCAGAACCAUGGUUGCAGAGCUGCAUGAUCCCUACUCAAAGUUCCUCUCCAGCAGCGAAUACCGAAGAGAGGCUGCUCCUCCUUCAGUGCUCUCUAACGUCAAUCGGCUGGUCGGUGUUGGCGUUCAGCUUUUCGAUCCCGUGGACGGGGAGGAGGACCUGGUGGUGGUCGCUCCUUCUCCUAACUCACCGGCUGAACGCGCUGGAAUUAAACCCCUCGAUCGGAUCCUGCAGAUCGACGGGCUAGACGUGGGAGGGGAAGCCGCCCUUACAGCAGGCGAGGCCAUGAGCCUCAUCCGAGGAUGGGAAGGAACAGACGUGAAGUUGCUCGUCAAGAGGGCAAGGGACCCUUCAGGGACCAUCAUGUUCGGGGAUGAUCGGCUGAAUGUUGCUCCUGCUCAAGCAGGAAUUUUGGAAACUGUUGCAUCAACUGGAGUCCCUCAAAAGAUUGGCUACAUUAGGAUAAAUUAUUUCAACCUUGAGGGCACAAAGUUCUUGUCAGAAGCUAUUCAGAAGAUGGAGGAUGAUGGUGUAGGCGGCUACAUCAUUGACGUGCGAAAUUGUUUGGGUGGAAUUUUCAAGGAAGCGCUCAUGACAGCAAGCAUGUUUCAGGGAGGAGAUGAUAACUCCGAUUCUGAAAAGGGAGAACCCGAUGCCAAUGAUGGACGGCCCUUGGCAAAACCUGUUCGGUCGGACAAACCGGUUCGGAUCCUAACUAACCGAGGAUCAGCUUCAUCCAGCGAAGUCUUGGCCUUGUCUCUUGUCGGCAACAACAGAGCAGCGAUUGUCGGUGAGAAAACAUUUGGCAAAGCGCUGAUUCAACACCCGUAUUUUCUUGCAGAUGGCUCCGUGUUGAAACUCACCGUCGCGGAGUAUCUGAGCCCAAAGAACCAACAUCUCGGCAGCGGCUUAUUGCCAAACACUCUC